GGAGUCGGGAUUUUUGCGGAAACCAAACGAAAUGAUCUGCGGCGCAGGAGCCCCGAGGUAUCCACCGACCGGAGGGGAGCAAGCGCUCGUGGAUCUGCUGGUCCGCCACUGCGACGACGCUGCGUCGGAGGCGCCCCCGCCGACGGACGCCCUCCUUCGCCUGCUCCAGCGUCUGCGCGACUGGCCCUUUGAGGGCCAAGCCGAUUUGUACAACUACAUCCCGUUGCUCGAGGCGUUUGGGAAGCUCCUCGACCGGAUCGUCACCCGCGCCGCGACCGAUGAUGGCCGCCCAAUCGUCAUCUUCCAUAGCGGCGAGGCGCUGGCGCCGGGCACCUGGACGUACGCGGUCCGCGACGAGCUCGCGUACGAAGUGCUCCGCGUCUCGGCGAUCCUCUCGGAGAACGCAACCAACAAGCAUUUGUACCCGUCGAUUGACCACCUCGUGUUGCUCGUCGGCGCGACGAGCGAGCGCAUUGCGCGCGAAGCGAUCAAGCUCGUGGCCAUGCUCGCAUUGCCAUCGCUGCCGCAUCGGUACACCACGGACCCGCGGGCGCCCAACGACGUCAAGGCGCGCGAUCGCACGCUUCUAAAGAAGUACCUUCUCGUCGUGGCCGAAGGCAGCGGUGGCGCGAGCAGUAGUCUCGACAUGGUCGACUACCUCCAAGACGAUGCCACGCGCACCGAGGCCAACCGGCCCGAGAUGGUCUACCAGUUUUACCGCUACGACGAGGUCGCCAAAGACAGCGUGCUUGUCUCGAUCCAGAUCCCGGAUCCGCCGGCGCAGGCCGAACCGACCACCGCUGCCAACGUCUUGGCGCAGCUGAUCCAAGCGCACCACGUCCCGGAGAAGCACCAGUUCAAGUUGCUGUACCGUAUUCGCUCGAGCUACAGCGCCGUGUCGCGGAGCACACGGGAAGUCGCGGUCGUCGAGCGUCUCCACGCGCUCCUCGGUCUCUUUUACAUUUUUGGCGACUCGGACGAAGUGACACAGUACAUGGAGGCCAACGCCGAGCUCGUCGUCGAAAUCGUCGAGCUCAUUCGAUAUGACAUCCACCCGCACGUACCGCUGCCCGUCCGCGUCGCGGCCGUCCAAGUGCUCACAGCGCUCGUGAGCGACGGCGUCGUGCAGAGCCGCGGCGUGCGUGACCUCUCGCGCCUGCAGUCGUCCGUGCUCACAGCGCUCGGCGUCGUGCGCGGCAUGCCCCACGGCGCGUUCCUCUCGCUUGUGCGACACACGAUGGGGACGCUGAGCAGCCUCACGCUGGACGAGACCAAGUCGCCCGACGCCGACAUGGACAUGACGCUCGCGGUCGCGUUUGUGCAAGCAACGACAUCGACCGCCGACUUGACGCCGUUCCGCGACCUCUCGCAGAGCACGGAUCGCCAGUUGUACUGGGUCGAGAGCGUGCUCGGGCUCCUCUCGGUGGUCGUGGGCAUUCCGUCGGGCGCGUCAGCACUCACGGAGAGCGGCAUCAUCCCGUCGCUGUUGCAUGCGAUCAGCUGCCCGUCGCUGAGCCCGUUGCACACGUCGGUGGUCGUCCAGUGCGUCCAAGCCCUCGAGUGCGUUGUGACCAACCACGCGCCGGCCGCCGCGCUCUAUCGGGACCUCAGCGGCGUUAGCAUUUUGAUCGACCGUCUCGCGGCCGACUUGCACGCCGAGUCGGUCGUCGGCACGCAGCAGAUUCUGCUCUUGACGCUCCUCAACAUGCUCUCGGUGUCGUUCCACUCGCAGGGCGUCAUGAGCGCCGGCGCGACGUCGCGCGUGAUCCGCGACACAGCGCCGCUCGCCAAAGUGCUGCUCGCGAUUCUCUCGAACGUCGACGCGUACGGCUCGAUGCUCUUUGCGCAGGCCGCGACGCUCCUCUCGGAUAUCAUCAACAACGACCCGACGUCGGUCAACCACAUUCACGGCAGCGGCCUUGCGGACGCGUUUCUGAAAACGCUCUGUCGCUGGGACUUGAAUACCGGUGUGAACGCGCUGUCGCCGUCGCCCGAGCUCGUGAUUGCAGUCCCGAGCGUCCUCAGCGCGCUCUGCCUCACGUCGACGCACGUCGAGAAGGUCGUCGCGUACGAGCCAGUGACGUACCUCCUCGACAUGUUUGUCAUGCCCAGCUACGUGUUGUACCAUGGCUUUGACAGUCUCCAAGGCGACGUCGCGUCCAUCGUCGGCGGCGGCCUCGACGAGCUCAUGCGCCACGUCCCGGCAUUUCAAAAGCCCACGAUUGACGCCUGCGUCCGCGCGCUGACCAAAGUCCAGAGCUACAGCGACGCGACUUUGGACGCCAACGAUGACGAGAGCCGGCACACGGCCGUGCUGCGCAUGACGAUGCAUGUGUGCGACGUGCUUGAGACCGUCCUGGCCAAAGCCGAGCACGCGGCGCGGUUUGCCGACCUCGGCGGUGUCGACACGCUCUUGACGCUCUACAGUCGCAUUUUGCCGUCGACGUCCGACUUUCUCUCGAGCGUCACGCAGUCCCACGAGUCGCACGCGUCCCUCGCGCACUACCCCGCAGCGCAGGGCCUCACGGUCGCCGCGCGCGCGUACGCUGGCCAGCAGCCCACGACGAUGCUGACCAAGAUUGUGCAGCAAAUGGCGCUGCACUUGGAGUCGCUGCCGGCGACGAUUGGCAUGGCAUCGAUGGCCGACGUGCCGCUGGCCAACGCGACUGUGGAUGCGGUGUUUCUCGAUGCUAAUGCCCAUGUCCGCACCGCGGGCGACUACUUGCGCACGAUUUCCGUGCUCGAGUGGCUUGUCUCGCUCUUGCUCUGGAGCCUCCGCACGGCGCACGCGCACAGCCAGUCGCGCCGAUGGUUUGCCGAGUUUACGCUCGAGAAGCACCAAAACGUGCUGGCCAAGCUCUUUGCCGUGGACCGCAGUGUGCUCUGCGAACGGACGUCGCUCGAGCGGCAGCUCGUUCCGAAGGCGCCGGUCGGUUUGUGGAAGAUUGGUGCGCUUUUGCUGCUCAAGUUUUCGCUUAUGGUGCGGAAUCUGGUGACCAAGUACGGUCGGACGUUCCUGGCCGUGCCCGCGCACCACCGUCUCUCGGAGGAAGCGGUAAGUCCGCUCGCUGCCCACGCGCUCCCGCUCUCGCACUCGUUGCAUGCGCUGCUGCGCGACCUUUUCGACUCGAUUCGCGGGUUUACACUGCCGUUCGAGGUCUCGUUUGCGGGCGUCUACUACCUCGAGACGCUGACUGCGCUCUUGUACGAAGGCAAGCGCCGCACGGCCAAUGCGGUCUUGCUGCAGGAAGUCGUCGAGUCGGGCCUCAUGGCGUCGACGCUACAAUGGAUCGCGCAGCAUGCGCUGGCACUGCUGGACAAUGUCGCAGCGCUCUCGAAGCAAGAUUUGCGCUUUUUCCAGACGGCGUUUCAGCUGCUCAAGCGCGCAAGCGACCUCGGUGCGAUCACCAAUGCGCCGCUCACAGCGUCUUUGGCGCUGCUGCAAGACGCCAACUCGGCCAAGCCGUUUGAGCCGACCGCGCUCAAGAUGCAAAUGCACACGAUGGUGCUCCAGACGAUUUUGCCACUCUGGGCCAAAGAGGCACAGCUCGCAACGCUCCCGUGGGACGCGUCGCUGAGCUACCUCUUCCCCGCGGUCGCCACGCUGCUCAAGCACCGCCUCGAUGUGGCCGCGACGGAGAAGCCCAAAGCGCCCAAGCCCGAGUUUGUCGCUGACGAGCUCGUGGUCGAAAGCCUCACGUCCAUGGGCUUUGGCCGCCCAGCGGUCGAGACGGCGCUGCGCCGCGUGCAGCUCAAUGACGUCGAGCUCGCCAUGGAGUACCUCUUGUCGCACCCGUUUGACGAAAGCGAAGUCGGCGAUGUCAACGUGCCGAUGGACGAGACGCCGGCGCCGGUCGUCGACUCGGCGGCCGAGCUCUCGGAGCUCUACACGAGCGUUCGUAGCGGCCUCGAACGCAUGUGCUUUGACGUCGUCAAGAGCCAGCCGAGCGACCAGCGCAUGGUCGUCGUCAAGGUCAUGGCCGACUUGCUCCUCGUGCAGUGCCAGCGGUCGAACGACGAGCGCCACAACGUGCUCUCGCAGAUCAAUGCAUUUGUGCUGGCGCACUCGAUGGACGCCAUGACGCCGGGGACCCACCUUUUGGCGCUACUUCUGCACGCCGAUCCGCCGAGCCGCCAAGUGCUUGCGAGCUUGACGCCGUCGUGCGUGGCGCAUCUGCUGAGUGUGCUCGAGACGGCGACCCCCGCGUCGCCCGACGACGGACUCACGACCGUCCUCCUCGUCCUCGACGCGCUCGGGCAGGAAGACGGGGUGCUGACGCUUUCGAUGCGCGAGUCGCUUCUCGACACGUGCAUUUCGCUCAUGCAGCAAGGGGUCUCGGGCAACGUCGGCCACGCCAUGUGGCAGCUGCUCGUGCGGCUCACGCGCGACGUGUCGAUCGCGGACCGCUUUGUGACGCGGCACGGCGUCGAAGCCUGCUUGGCGCUCGACAGUCGCUUUGACGGCUACAAGGAGCUCACGUCGGCGCUCCUCGCGCACGUCAUGGAGUACCCGCAAGUGCUGCAGGCGCGCAUGGAAGAAAAGGUGCUGCAGUCGCUCAAGAAGCUCAGCGCGCGCUUUGGCGCCCCAGAGCUCAUGCGCAUAUCGCCGCGGUCGCUGCUCUCGGAGCUCGGCAUUGUCGCGCUGCGCAACGAAGCGCUGUUUGUCGACGCGCUCAAGGCCACGAUUGUCGUCAAGAAGAGCGAGUCGGGCCGGUUGUACGUGCUGCCAGCAGGCACGUCGACGCUCGUCGGCACGCAAAAGCUGCUCACGCUGCCCAUUCCCAACGCGUCGUUUGUCAUCAAGCUCGUGGUCGACAACUUGAUGGCGCUCUGGCGGGCGCAACAGCAGCACGAGAGCGCGCUGCCGAUGUUCUACCUCGUGCACCUCGUCUCGCUCUUCCCGACCUGCGCCAACGUGCUGCUGCAAGACCACAUGCCGUUUGUGGAGCUCGUGCUCACCGAGAUGCUGCCGUGCCGCGACCUCACGCAGCUUUUGCGCAAGCCGGCCGCGACACCGGAGGAGACGGCGCUGGACCGCCACCGCCUGAAAGAGCUCACGAAGGACCGCGUGCAUAACGCGCACCGCCUUCUCCUCGGCAUCUGCGGCACCAACAGCGAGAGCGCCAAGCGCGUACUCGCCGAGGUCGUCAAGCUCAUUGAAGCGUGGGCGUUGGCGACUCACGGCAACGGGACCGUGGCCCUGAGUUCGAUCCACGCGUGGUGCGCGCUCAUGCUGAGCAUUCUCUGGCCGCGCGACGACGUCAAGGAGAAGAGCGGUCUCUGGGAACACGCCAAGUGGCUGCUCAAGACCAAGACCAACAUUGUCACGCUGCUCUUUGACGCGCUUGGGAAGGUGGACCUGACGCACCCGCUCGCGCGCACGACGUGCAACAUGGUGCUGCGACUGCUCGCGGCGUUUACGCGACCGUGGGUCGCCCACCGACUGCGCAAGGUGCCGCGGAAGAAGAGCACCGAAGUCGACGACACGAGUGCGAGUAUGCAGGUCGUGGACGAAGCGCCGGCCGACGAGAGCAUGGCGGUCGACGAGGUGGCCGGCAGCGCCGAGGCCGACGACGCGCCGAUGGAAGACGCUGAAAGCGAAGAUGACGAGCAUGGCAUGUCGGGCGAGGACAUGGAAGAUGAGGAAGACGAGGAAGACGAGGAGGAAGAAGAGGAGGACGAAGAAGGCGAGGACGAUGAAGACGACGACGACGACGAUGAAGACGAGCUCAACCGCGAAGACAUGGAGAUGAUGGAGGCCGACUACCCGGCGCGCACCCGCCAAGACGACGUCAUUCACCCGACGCAGCUCUGGGACUCGCUGGACGCCGACCUCUCGGUACUGCACGACGACGACGAAUCUGCCCCGCGCGCGGCGCCGGCGCCCGCCGACGACUCGCCCCAAGCGAUUCUGCAGCGUGCGCGGACGAUGGCGUCGAACGCGACGCGGCGCUCGAACGAAACGUCGUUUGCGAACGAAGCGCAGUCGAUCUUUGACCUCUUCUCGGCGUCCUUGGGCUCCAACCACCGGUCGCGCAACGCGGCGUGGAGCCAGCUCUUUCGAGAGUUCGAGCACGACCUCACGCAGCGUGGCGAGACGCCGGACCACGAAUCCGGGUUUGUGCUGCGCGAUUUUGACGACGAAGCGGACGACCCGGACGUCAUGACGGUGCCAUUUGACGUCUUGGACCGCGACAGCCGGCGCUUCCGUCUCAUGGGCCGCCCGACGCCGGGGUUGCCGGGCGCCAGUCGCAGCAGUCGCAGUGCCGCACCGACGAUUUCGACGUCGUCGCUCGCGGGCCUGACGCACCCGUUCUUGGCGUCGCCGGCCGUCGGUGGGGAGCUUGCAGCCGAGCUCUACGAGUUUGGCGGCAUGGGCCGCGGAGCUGGUGACCGUCCGCCGUCGCGCCACCCGCCGUCGUCCCGCGCAGACUUUCACUUGCUCAGUGAGCUCUCGAUGACGCCGCAGCUCCAGCGGUCGAAUGCGUCGCGCUUCCCGCGCAGCAGCAACCACUGGGAGUUUGGCGCCAAUCCGUUUGGGAGCCGCGACGACGCCGUCGUGCGCUCGGUUGUGUCGCGCAUGGAAGAAGAGCUCAAUGGCCUCGUGGUCGCCGAUGCUGCUCCCGAUGAGACGGACGAGGUGCCGGGGUCGCCGGCACCGACGCCCGAAUCGGCCGUGCCCGACGAUGCGGCGUCCGAGACAGCGUCCGUGAUUGCGCUGACGAGUACGCUGGGGCAGUCGUCGCUGCAGUCGCCGCCCGAUGCGUCGAUGAGCGUGGCGUCGAGCCCCGUGGCGCCUGCAGACGAAGGAGACGACGACGACGAGCCGCCUGUGGACACGAGUGUGGCCGACCAAAUGGCGCGCGCGAUCCAAAUGAGCCUGAGUCAGCUGGACACGACCACGUUGCCACCGCCUGCACCGACGUCGGCGUCGUCGGACCAGCUCUUUAGCUUCACGCUGGAUUUGCCGACCGCCCCGGCUCCCGUGCCGCCAGCCCCCGCGGACGUUGAGCCCGCGGCGACCGAAAGCGUCGCGGCCGACGAAGCCGAGGCCGGUCUCGUGUGCCCGGCCGGCAUGGACCCCGAAGUGUUCAACUCGCUACCGCCCGACAUGCAGGCCGAGAUCAUUGCAAGCCAAGCACCCGAGCCGCCGCUAGCGUCAACCAACGGCCAAUCACAGCUCGAAAUUGACAUUGCCAACUCGAGCUACGACCGCGAGACGCUCGAGGCGCUCCCGGCCGACAUUCGCGACGAGAUUUUGGCCAACGAGCGUCGCGAGCGCGAAGCCGCGGCGCCGGCCGACGUGUCGUUAGCCCAAGAGAUGGACACGGCGUCGUUUGUUGCAUCGCUCGCGCCCGAGCUCCGCGAAGAGAUUCUGAUCACGUCAGACGACGCGUUUCUGCAGACGCUGCCGUCGGACGUGCGCGCCGAGGCCAUGGUGCUCCGCGAGCGGCACGCGUUCCGCGCCAACUUUCGCCCCGAGCCCUCGGCCGGCGACGCGGCGCGGGGUAUGUUUCAACGUCCGACGUUGCGCCGGAUGCUCACGACGCACGGCACGGACAUCCUCGAGAGCGGUGCGGCGCGGCGGCCGCGGUCGCGUCACGACAAUGCGACCGCCCAGGCGCUUGCGCGCUCGGACGCGACGCACCCCGGCAUGCUGCAGCUCGAGAAGGAGGAAGGCGACGUGGAGCACCUCGCGCUCGUGGACACGCGCGCGGUCCAGAGCCUUCUGACGCUGCUGUACAUGGUGCAGUCGAUUUUGAACCACCGCGACUUUGCGAGCGUCGUCGCGAAUCUGUGUGCGUAUCCGUCGACCCGGUCGCUGUUGCAAGCCAACGUCUUGGCCAUGCUCGACGGCUCGUCGGCGUCGGUGUCGUUUCCGCCGCAAGGGCUGCUGGGCUGCACGAUGUUCAAGCCGUCGGAAGCCAAGCUGCCGAUCGAGGUGGCGACGCGGCUGCUCACAGUGCUCGUCUCGCUCACCAAGCAAAACGCGCGCUUUGUGCUCGAGCUCUUGCGCGGCGACGUCUACGAGCGCGUCGGCCUUGUAUGUCUGCUCGACUUUCUCGGCCAGCCGGUUAUCUACCGCAGCGCCUCUAACCUCGACAUGCUCCUCGAGGUGCUGCACGCGACGGUCGCACCCCUCGCGCGCUUCCGCCCCGACAAGGCCGCGACCAAGCCGGACGAAGUGGACGACGAGGCGCUCGAGUGGGCUCCCGUGCCCCGGGUUGCGCUCUCGCCGGCGCACAUGGAGCGCAUUGUGGGCGUCCUUGGCCUCGACCUCUGCACGGGCGCCAUGCAAACACGCGUGAUUUCGAUUCUCAAGCAGCUCGGGUGCAUCGAGGCGAAUCAAAUGACGCUAUUGGCGACGCUCGUGGGCCACGCGACGCGCCUCGCAACCUCCCCGCUUCUGCCGAGUGGUGCGUCGCAGGCGCUGACGUCGGCCGUGCUCGCGUCCGUGCGCGACGAGCGCAAAUUGCUGCGGUACCUGCACACGCUCUCGGACGUGGCGGUCUCGACCGAGCAGUUUACCGAGCAGACGCGGCUGGUUGGCCUCGACGGCAUCUGGGACGCGCUGAGCCGGUCGCUCGAAGAAGCCCGCGACAGCCUCGGCGAGCAGCCCGACAAGGCGGACUCGACGGUCAUUGAGGGCCAGAGCGCGGGCGCGUCGUGUGCGAUGGCGUCGCUCCUCACGCGGUUUCUGCCGAUGAUUGAAGCGUUCUUUGUCGUCAACGCGCGGGACGCAGCCAGCAUGACACUCGAAGCGCCGGUCGAGUCGAUGAUGUCGGAGCGCGAGGCCGCGGUGCUGUCCUUGACGGCGCCCGACGACGAGGCCAAGCCGGCGCCAGUCGAAGCGCCAGUGGCGAUCCUCGAGACGGACCGCGAUACGACGCGGGUCGCGCUCUUUGUCGAGGCCAACCGCGUGCUGCUCAACAUGCUCGUGCGCGAGAAGCCGUCGCUGCUCGACGCGUCGCUCGCGGCGCUCAUCAAGAUUCCCCGCUGCCGUGCGUUCUUGGACUUUGACAACAAGCGCACGUACUUUCAAACGGCGAUGAAGCGGCUGCGGCAGUCGGCGAUGCGCCACGGCGGCGGCGGCUCGUCGGUGCGCAUUCCGGUGCGGCGCGACCGCGUCUUUGAAGACUCGUUUUACGCGCUGCGCAUGCGGAGCGGCGCCGAGCUGCGUCGGAAGCUGCACAUUUCGUUUACGGGCGAAGAGGGCAUUGACGCGGGCGGCGUCACGCGCGAGUGGUACAUGAUCCUCGCGCGCGAAAUCUUCAACCCGAAUUACGCGCUCUUUACGUCAGCCGCCGACUCGCCGACGUUCCAGCCCAACCCGCUCUCGUACGUCAACAAGGACCACCUGAUCUACUUUGAGUUUGUCGGCAAGGUCAUUGGCAAGGCGAUCGCGGACGGCCAGCUGCUCGAUGCGCACUUUACGCGGUCGUUUUACAAGCACAUUUUGCAGCUGCCGCUGUCGUACAGCGACAUGGAGGCCAUUGACCCCGAGUACUACCGGAACCUCCACGCGCUCCUCGACAACCCGAUCGCGGACCUCUGCUUGGACCUGACGUUUUCGCUCGAGCACUCGAACUUUGGGAAGCUCGACGUUGUCGACUUGAUCCCGAACGGCCGCCACAUCCAAGUGACCGACGCCAACAAGAUGGAGUACGUCAAGCUCGUGACGCACCACCGCAUGGCGACCGGCAUCCGCGCGCAAAUCGACGCGUUCCUCACUGGCCUCCAUCAGCUCGUGUCGCCACAGCUGAUCUCGAUCUUCAACGAAAACGAACUCGAGCUGCUCAUCUCGGGCAUGCCCGAGAUCGACAUUGACGACCUCAAGGCCAACACGGACUACGCCAACUUCAAGCCGACGGACCCGGUCAUCCGGUGGUUUUGGAACGUGCUCUACUCGUUCAGCCACGAAGAGCGCGCGCUCUUUCUGCAGUUUGUCACGGGCACGUCCAAGGUGCCCCUCGAAGGCUUCAAGGCGCUCGAAGGCAUGCGGGGGACCCAAAAGUUUAACAUUCACAAGGCGUUCGGCCCGAGCAACACGCUCCCGACCGCGCACACGUGCUUUAACCAGCUGGAUUUACCCGAGUACGAGAACGAGGAGCAGCUCAAGGCGCGCCUCCUCCUCGCGAUCCGCGAAGGCUCGGAAGGCUUUGGCUUUGGCUAAGCCAUGGCCCACCCAGACGUAGUAGGGCGUUCAAUGCAUGGUGUAUUUCUUCUUGAUCGCGAGCGCUACUACGAGCUCCACUCGACGCCAUCGUCCUCGUCGUCCUCCUCAUCCUCGUCAUCUUCG